CCCUGGCGAGACUAGUACUUUGACCGGUCUAGACCAAUUAGUCAACGAAUAGUGGAAGAUCCGUAUCUCCAGCGGUUGAAUAUUCGUUUCAUGGAGUCGGAUCUUUGGAUAUGCUGCUGCGAGCUCCACUUUGGGCUCCGUGGUGUUCGCCUCGAGCACUCUGUUGCUUCAAGCGAGGACGAGGAAUGGUAUGUGAAUGGAUCGAAACAUCUAAACCUUUCCCUGGUUUAUGGAAAUGGGUGUAACAACAGGACGAUGGAGCGCCUGAAAUCGCGAGCACAGCCUGUGAGGCGCCUGUGGCUUUGCUGGUUACGUCCUCUUUCGAAACAUAAGCACGAUGAUCACUGCUUUCUCGAGACGAUUGCUAACGUCGUGACUUCGUUGCCCUUCAUCUUUGUUGGAUUGCAAGCGCCAAGGUUAGCUAUGAAUUCCAUCCAUUGUAUUGAGAGCAUGCCACUUUGCUCGCAGAAAGAAGACUGUGAGCAAGUUCUAUGCCGAUUCCUUGAUCGGUGUUGGAGCUGCCUCGAGCUUGUACCACGCAUCGAGAGGAAAAGCUCGACAACUUCUAAGGCGCGGAGACUACACCAUGAUCGCAACCUCAGCUCUGUGUCUAUCAAGAGCUCUUCUACAAUCCGAGAACUGGAAAGGAUUUUUCGCCUGCUCUGCAGCUCUCGUCCCGUUUCAACCAUUCCUCGUGACCAUUCUUCACACUGGACUUACCGAGGCCACUUUCGCAAGGCGCGUGCAAACACAGCCUCUUCUCAAGCCAGCUCACAAUCUCCACACCAUUUCCUCGCUCGCCGGAGCCACAUUGUUCCUCGCAGAUGGUCUCUAUCCACAGACUCCAUAUCUCCACGCCGCGUGGCAUCUGGUCGCCGCCGUGAGCGUUCUAACUUACAACAAGCUACUAGAAUGAAAAUGAAAUCCUGUAAAACCCGCAUUCUUUCGUUUUGAAGAAAAUUUGAAGCAUAUUCCCUCCCA